AUGGCUGUUGUCACCACAGAGCACGUUGCCAUCGCAGAGCUGAUCAUCUAUAUCCCAACGGCUUUGCUCAGCAUCUGGGUGGUUAUCUGUCAUGGAUUUCACAAGCAAUUAGGCUGGGUUUACUUGAGCAUAUUUUCAGCUAUCCGAGUUGGCGGAGCUGUUAUGGAAAUCUUGAGCACAAAGAAUCCAAAUAAUGCAAAUGACAAAGAAUGGGCCUUGAUUUUGCAGUCUGUUGGAUUGUCACCACUUCUUCUGUCAACAUUGGGUCUUCUAAAACGAGUAUUUGAUGAGACAUCGCAGCAUGUGCCAUCAAGCCCAGGCUCUAAGGGCAACACCUUUCUACAAGUAUUCGCAUCUUUCGGUAUUACUAGCAGAUUAAUGAAAAUAUAUUCAAAGAGAGCCACAGCUACGUCAAUACGUAGCAAGAUUGUUCAACUCUUGCAUAUUCCUGCACUUAUUGCCCUGGUCCUUGCUAUCAGUGGUGGGAUUGACCAGACCUCUUCAAAUAUCUCGGACCAUGCUAGUGGCAAAACCAAGACCCGUGCUGCAAUCAUCCUCUUCCUAGCCAUCUAUGUUGCAACCUGCACACUAUGGGCCAUGACAGUGCAGAAUGUCCGCCUGAUGGAAUCGAGCCAAAACCGCAUCUUCUUCUGCGUGCUCCUCGCACUGCCGUUUAUAGCGAUUCGGGUCCUCUACAGUCUUAUCAGUGAUUUUGGGAACAACCAUCAAUUUUCAGUAGCUGAUGGUGACCCCAGGAUUCAACUGGUAAUGGCCACACUUGAAGAAUUUGUGGUUGUUUUGAUGUACACAAUCUUGGGUUUAAUAACACCCAAAUCAACAUCAAAUUCUGGAAUGGCCGAUUUCCUCCAACAAGAGAUAUGCCAUACAACCGAAUAUGCUGAAAAUUUGCGUCGUCAUAGACAUGCCGAUCACCCUCCAUAUGAUGAGGUCAGUUAUGCCCAGGCGGCGGCUCAAGAGGCAUAUAAUCAACAACAUGUGCGGCGUUAA